AUGGCCUCGCACCAAUUGUUCUACCGUGACUACCAGCACCCCAAAGAAUUCCAACGCAGCUUAGCCACAUCUGUUAAAUCCGACGUGACAAGUUUUUCCACUGAUCAUCAAUCAACUGAUGUAUGUGCUUGCAAUGGUAUCAAGUUUAAAUGCCGUGCGACGUCCGUGCCAUCCGAUGUUUGGACCCAAUUACUGCCGUUUCUAACGUGGCAAGACACUAACGCAAUGCUCUGCGUAUGUAAUGAAUGGAGAAAAGUGAUGACGGAAGCAAAGAAACUUUACCCGGAGUGGCGGUCAACGGUUAUAGGCCCGUCGCUCAAUGGCUUUGAAAGUCUAGAGCUGCUUAGAGCCAACCACUUGAAGUGGGCUGACACUUGCUUUGCGCCUGACUUGGUACUUCUUUCGGCUGCUAGUAGAGACUCCAGUCCGUGGCAUACUGGUGGGUAUUGGGAAGAGGCGAUUGCAGCAAUCGAGGAAGCGAGAUUGCUGCCUCCCGGCUGUAGAAUUGCUGGGAUGUUCACAAUGAAUGCAGUGUUGGGAACAAUCAAGAGAGGUGAGGAAGAACAGGACGAAGCAGCUUUAUCAAGUGCCGUAACGUUAUCGGUUUCUGUAGUUCAUCUGUUGGACACAACAGUGGAGAUGGCAGAGUUCGAUCGGAAGGAUCUAAGAAGGUGUCAUCGCGGAAUGGAGUUGAGUAACCCGUUCAGUCCGUUAGAAAACGAUGUGCCCUCGUUUUUAAUGUUUGGAGUAAACGACCACAGUGCAAGUCAGUUGGUAGCAGCGAUAGACAAGUGGUACCCUGGAGCGGCAAUUGUUGGUGCAAUUUCAUCACUAAGCGACCGGUGUGUCCCUCUUGUAACGUAUUGUGGUGGAAUGGCAGCGUGUGCUGACCGGCUGGAUCGAAAGAAGAAGAAAGGAACCAAGCAAAAAUUUCGACGUCGAUCGCAGGCACGAAGCCAAGUUGUAUUUCCUUCGACAAUGCUUCUUCGUCUACAUGGCAAAGUAAGCAUUCGGCCAUUUUCCUCAAGCGGCUAUCAAGCGAUUACACCGGUGAUUCGAUGUGUGCGCUCGAGCAUAGUGGAGAAAAUGAGUCAAGUUGUGACACACGACCUCGUCGCGAUACUCAACCAUGAAGGAUAUGAGGAUACCACGCUACAUCGCGUCAUGGACUUAUUGCAUCCAUCCGAAAUACUGGCUAUCGAACGUGAAAGCAGAGCCCUCAACAUUUUCUCGUGUCAAGACAGUGCGCCACUCAAACAUCUUUUCGAUUGUUGUAGCGCACACGAGGACAAGACACCGAUUUUGGACUCGGUGCAAAUCGAUCGCUUGGAAUGUGUGUUUUGGCUGCAGAACAGCUUAAUGUCACUGCCACGUAUGGGUUGGCAAGAAGGUUUUUACGGAAUCCUUGCCUCGCAUCACUCGACGCGGACAGCAUUAGCACUUGCAGGAGCCCUUCGAAUCACCGAAGAAAAAAUGUCUGCGUCGAAUGAGCGUGUCCUCGGUGCAUUUAUGGUUGCCGGAGCUUUAAAUGAAGUUGAAGACUUGGCUCACGCAAAGGAGAUCAACCAGCUUUGCGCUGGCAUGUUGCGCAAGUCCCAGUUUGGUGGAUGUGUUGUGAGCAUUAGUGUUGGCCCUGUAGCUUUACCUGGAGGUGUCCAGAUGUCUGAAGAAAGAUACAUCGCUCAAGUUCAGACACAUACGACAUGUGGAGCAGUUUUUUACACGAAGACAUGA